AUGUGCUACUAUGGCAACUAUUACGGCGGCCUGGGCUACGGCUAUGGUGGCCUGGGUUGUGGCUAUGGCUAUGGCUGUGGUGGCUAUGGUUAUGCCUGCUGCCGUCCAUGCUGCUUUGGAAGAUACUGGUAUUCUGGCUUCUACUGA